AUCUUGAAGGCUAUUGGAGAGGCGUAUUUCUUGCUAGUUUGGAGGAUAAUUUCCAGAUUUUUGAAGACAUUUGAAGGCGAAUUUCCAGAUUUUUGAAGAGGAAGGUGGAGUUCUUUUCCAAGCUAAAGGAGGUGCAUUUUAUCCAAGGGAGAGCUUUGAUCUACACUUUGCCUAGCAAAAUUCAUCUAUUUUUACAUCAUUUCUUAGAGUUUAAAACUCAAGAGGAGGUAUGGCGAAAUCAUCUUGACACCCUUAUUCAAGGUUUGAUUUUUUAGACAUUUUUUGGAAAAAUCUAAGUAUUACAUGGUUAAUUAGGAAAUGAUAACUCAAGAUUUAUCAUGAGGUUUCCUAAAUUAAAAUCUUGAAUCUUCCUUUUAAAGUUUAAUUUUUAGAUUUCAAGAUAUAUUACUAAUUUUGAAAUGUUGUGUAGGUAUCAAGAUGGCGACUCCAAAGCCCGGAGGAUCUACAAGUCGGCAGGUUCUCAUCAAGGACGAUCAAGCAAGGACAAGGACGACCUUCUUCGAUCCAGCCUAGCAUUGACAAGGGCGACCUCCUCCAGCCUAGCAUCGACAAGGACGGCCUUCUUUGGACUAACGUCAUCAAGGGCGACUUCUCCAAUCCAGUAUUCCAAGGCGAGGCUCAUGAUCUUUUUGGAGGCAGGGAGUAUACUACGGGAAGUACGCAAAAGCGUGAGUUGGAGGAACCUGAGGAUAAGUUGCAGCAAGAAUCAGAAAUGGCUUUUGAUCCUCAUGCUCCAUACUCCUCUUCAAUGGAUGAUGUCCCACUCAAGUUGUUGUUCCCCAAAUUAAAGAAUCGGCGACGGGGAUCAAAGAAGACCAAAGAAAUGGAGUCACUUGCCAAAAAUAUAGGUGACUCAUCUGAAAAUGAUCAAAACAAAGUCCAAGAGACUCGUGAAUCUGCUUUAGAGAUGUCUGUUGUUGAGAAAAAUAAGAAAGAAGAAUACACUAGAAGUCAACUCUACCACAAAAUCACUGAAGAGUGUUCAUAUAUGGAUCCUCGAACUGUGGGAACAAAAGAUAUUAAGUUAGAAGUUGGAACACAUCCAUAUUAUAAUGAAGAGGGGCUAUCUGAUUCAUUAAAGAGAAGGAAAGAGUCUAUGCAGGAACUUGUUUCAAUAAUAAAUCCAAUGUCUCCAAUCAAAGCAGAAUUGGCACAGGGGAUACAAAAUAAAUUGAAAGAUACUCAGAGGGGUUGCUGCUCAAAUAUACAGCACGGUGACAUUACAGAAGAAUAUCCUCACAAAAAGAUAAAAAUUGAGAAAGAAGAGAGUGAUUUAAGGCUGAAGGAACAUAUGAUUUAUAUUUCUGGUCAAGCGAAGUCCAUUUCAGGUAAAGUUGAAGCUGAAUUUUAUAUGCCAUAUAGUAGAAUAAAUAAGAAACACAGAGAAAGAGCCAUGCCUCUUGCUACAAACUUGAAAGAUCGUACCUAUCCCGAGUUGACUUCUGCACUUGAUGGUGAUAUCCCUCCUGAGAAUUUAUGCAACAUAACUGAAGAGCAAGUAGUAUCUUCUGCAUUGUCACAAUCGAGUGUUGGUAAAGAUGAUGAGCUCAUGCAUAGGUUAGUUCUGUCCAAGUCAAAUGAAAGGGUCAUUGCAUUUGAACCAUCAGAACUAAUUGAUAGUGGAAGUCACCUAAUCUCCAGAUCACAAUUUAAAAUGAAUUCAAGUGAACUUAAUAAAUUUGCUAGUUUAAAUGAGGGUGAAUAUUCAAUAGGUAAUCUGGAUAACCGUGAAAUUGAUGAAGGAUGUUCUGCUCAUAUAUGUUCAAAUAGUUCCUCCAAACACAUAUCAGGGGUGACACAAUGGAAGGCGGGCACAAAUGAAGAAAUAAUGUUGGUCUCAGUAGAUGAUGAUAAAAAGAUACUUCCAGCAAUUGUUUCUCUUAAUGAAUAUAUUAAGUCUAAAAAGCAUCAAUUGAAUGGGAAUGCAAAAGCAGACAAUGUCCAAUACAAGUCUUCGGAAGGUCAAUCGUGCAAAAGUGCAAAAACAAAUGUGGUGCCUAUGGAAUGCUUGGUUCAAGAAGAGAAAAUUAACCAAAAACACCUGAUCUCAAAAGAGGGAGAUGAUUUCAGGCACAAAUCUUUGGUGGUAGAUGCUGGUCCUGAUGGUGGGAGAAUAAUCAACACUGGCUCUAGAAUUGCUGAAAACCACAGUAAAUUAGUUAGUUCAGAUAUUGGGAAGGAAUUAAGAAUAGGAAAAUCAAUCCAAAUAUUACCAGAUGAAAAGCUUUGGGAAGGAUGUCUGCAGCUGAAUGCAUAUAUUACUGUGAUGGCACUUGCCUUCUUCAAAAGCGGUGCAAAAUUCCAGUCAAGCAAUUGGUCUAAGUUUGUGGAGGUAAAGGGAAGAGUUAAGCUAGAUGCUUUUGAAAAGUUUCUACAGGAGUUACCCCUAUCCCGGAACCGUGCACUAAUGGUGAUUUCAAUUCGUUGGAAAGUUGGUUCUUCUGAUGCUGGAAUCUCGGGUAUGCAAGAGAUUGCCAAUUCUUACAAGCAAGGAGAAAGGGUGGGAUUUGCAGAGCUUGCUGUAGGUGUUGAUCUUUACGUAUGUCCACCUGAUGUGACCAUUAUUCACAUGCUCGCUAAAUAUGGUUUCAUCAAGAAUAUUGACAAUAUAAUCAAGAAGCAAGAUGAUCUAAUUGGAUGUGUCGUAUGGCGUAAGAACUAUGCAACUUCAAAUGUUCAACAUAAGAUUCCCGAACAAUAUAUAAAUGCAAAGAAACUUGCACUAGCUGGGCUAUUGCUGGAUUCCCCUAGUCAUCCUGGAGUCUCGCAGUGGACAUCAUGUGGAAAUGAUGCUCCAAAAAUCAGAGCACCUGCAAGCUUAGAAAUUAUAUCUACCUCUGGUAUUGUUAAUGUUGAAAGAAGUGACAAGGAUGAAAGUAUAUUAGAGAAAACAGAGUCAGCGAGUCAAGUUGAUGCAUUUGUAGAAAAUGCAAAAACGGAAAAUGAACAAAAUUCAGAAAAAGAUGCUAUUUCUAGUCUGGCUAAUGUUCAUGGAUGGCUUUCUCAUGCUUCUGAUACAAGAGACCUCUCCUCUGGAUCAAGUCCUCAGCUAGCCAGGUUAAUUCCACACAAUCCUCAAACAAGCACACCUACAGUCUCUGUUCAAACCACAUCGCCCAUGACAGUUUCGAAUCCUAAUCUGACCGAGAAGGUGCCAGGGGAGUUUGGGUCCAAACCGUCGACAUUUCAAAAUGAUAAUGAUGUAAAAAAUCAUAUGUCAGAUGAGGCUGAGGAUGAUGACGACCUUCCGGAGUUUGACUUUAGAGUAGUGUCUGGUGCAUCUCAAAUGCAAGUAACUCAGCAUCCCUCACCUUCUAGUGAUGCACAGUCUUUACAACUCCAUCAGUUUCCAGCUAAAUCUUCAAUAGCAGCUUCUAGUCAAUGCCCUAUGCCAUCUCCUGUCUCCUUGAUAUCAUCUCAAUGCCAGCACAAUGUUCAUAAUAACACACAGCAGGUUCCACGACCUCCAACUAAUCCUCAUCCUCCCGUGCAAACAAGCAUCUUGUCACAGCAGCCAGGUCAUGCUGAUGCAAUGGGUCAUCUCCCUUCUAUAGAAAAUGGCACUCCUAAAGCCCCUGGAGGUAAAGUUUCUGUUCCUCUAGGUCAGCAAUCUGCUGUUUCCAACUUGCAUCAUGUUUCUCCAAAUUCCCAAACUCUAUAUUCUCCAAGUUCUCAAACCCAACAUCCUUCAAGUAAUGAAGUCAGGAAAAGUUUAUGGGAUGAUGAUGAUGAUAUGCCUGAAUGGUGCCCUCCAUAUUUACAGCAACCAAAUUUCCUUAGACCUCCGUUGACCGCUGUGGCACAACCUCAGUCAGCAACACCUAGGCAGCUUUUACCACCUCAGUUGGGAAUACAAAAUUUUCCAGGAAAUUUACAGAAAAUACAUCCACCGCCUCUGCAAUGUCCUCUAACCCCCCAAUUACCUGCACCCCUAAGAAGUCUGCCACCUCAAGCAACUAAUCUGCCACAGGGUCCUUGUCCACCCUUACCCCAAGGUCCCCGACCAUUGAAUGGGAUGAUACUGCCAAUUCCAAGACCCGUGAUGAACAUGGAUAUAAGCAAUUCUCCAUCUGCCUUUCGUCCACAACUGAAUAUUAAGCCUCCUUAUUGUAAACCAGAUUUCACGCCUCUCAGACCUGUCAGUGGGAGUGCUAGAAAGUUUUGAGCAAAUAAAGGAAAACAUGGGUUAAUUGCCUUCUCGUCGGCUUGUCCGGAGCCUUUUUUCUUGUACAAAUACUAUAUACAUAUAAUUACAGUGGAAAUAUUUUUUGCUGCUUGAAGGUAUGCUUAUUCUAUUCACACUACACUUUUUAAUAUUUUAUUCAAUACACUCUCGGGAUCCA